AUGGUAUGCUCUCCCCCUCUAUCCCAUGACGAUUACACGGUUGGGUGGAUCUGUGCCCUACCGCUGGAAAUGGCAGCCGCGCAAAUGCUCAUGGAUGAAGUCCACGAAGACUUGCCUGUGCAGCCGAACGACCAUAAUGCAUAUACUCUAGGAAGCAUUGGGAGACACAAUGUGGUGAUUGCAUGCCUGCCUGAUGGUCAAUACGGCAUUACAUCUGCUACCGCAGUUGCCAUGCAAUUAUUAUCAAGCUUCCGAUCUAUUCAAUUUGGUCUGAUGGUUGGGAUUGGAGGAGGGAUACCAAAUAAAGAGGUGGAUAUCCGCUUAGGUGACGUUGUGGUCAGUAAGCCAACAAAUACACAUGGCGGAGUGGUGCAAUUUGAUUAUGGUAAAGCGCUGAGUGGCGGCAAGUUCCAGCGAACAGGCAUGCUCAGCCAUCCACCACAGAUCCUCCUGACUGCGCUCGCCAAAUUGCAAGCAAACCAUAUCACAGGCUGGAGAAAAUUCAUGAAUUUCCUCACCGAGAUUAAACGCAAAGCACCUCAAGAGUCCUCGAGUUUAACCCGCCCAACUCAGAAGGAUCAUCUAUUUCUUGCCGAUUACGACCAUGUCGAUAUCAGCUCCAAGAAUUGUGACGUCUGUGACAAGACCAAGUCUCUUUCCCGGCCUUCUCGAGAUCCAGAUCAGCCCAUGAUUCACUAUGGACUGAUCGCAUCUGCCAAUAUAGUGGUCAAAGACAGUCAACUACGGGAUCAGAUAGGUCAUGAAAUGGGUGCAUAUUGCGUGGAGAUGGAGGCUGCGGGGCUCAUGAAUAAUUAUCCAUGUCUGGUUAUUCGUGGAAUAUGCGACUAUGCCGACUCUCAUAAGAAUAAGGAAUGGCAGGGCUAUGCCGCCGCCACCGCUGCGGCAUAUGCAAAGGAGCUUCUUUCAGUGACCUCAGUUGCUCAUAUUGACCGAAUACCACCGGUGCAUUUACCUGUGCCUGGUCUGGGUACGUAUAGCUCAUUUGUAUCAUCUGUUGAGCAAAGCAUAAUAAUCUUCUCUAGGUUCGAGAAACCCUAUUCCUUCACAGCCCAACCCACCAGUAGUGAUCAACCAGAGUGA